AUGUUAAUCAGCAUCUACCAGGUCACUAAAAAUAAUAUAAAACAUUUUUAUAAUUUAGUUCCUCCUGGGUAUAAUUUACCUGGAACUGUUAAAAAACAUGCUAAUCCAUGUAGAUCAUUACCGUAUCAUUCCUUUAAAAAUUACAAUGCAAUUGGAGUGAGUAAGGGUAAAGGAAAGCAGGUUGAUAAAUAUGGCGGUCAAAAAGGUGAAGGAAGUGGUGAACGUGGUUCUCGUGGUUUUCCUAUAUCUAGCGGAUUAAAAAUGAGAGGAGAUGGAGAAGAUAAAGAAGUGCCUGUUGCAGAAACGGCCGCUCAAAGAGGACAGAACAUUAAUGGAACUACUACAAAAGAAGAAAUUCAGCAACUCAUUAAUAAUUUAAAUAAAUCUCUUCAAGCUAAUCGUCGAAAAAAUUAUAUCGAUAAAAGAAGAUAUAAACAAUAUAAAGCCAAUAUUGAAAAAGAAUAUAAGAUAAGAAGAAUUGAAAGUAAUGAGUUUUUGAAAGGAAUAAAAGAUAUUGCGAAAAAAUCAAGAAAAGAUGGGGAGGAUUUUAAACAGCAGAAAAUUUUAGAAUUUAAUUCUAUGAUGGGGAAUGAUAAUAAAUAA